GAGCAUCACCGAUCAACUGGAAGCAUAGAAAUAUAUAUGUAAUGGUAUAUACAGAGCUUAACUAGUUAUUUCUACGAUUGUAGCAGCAGUAGAAAUUGAAAUUUUUAUACGUAACGUCAUAUUCUCGCUAUGGGUAAAGCUAAAAAAGCAAGGCAAAAACUACACGGCCGUGCAUGUGUAGUUCAUCAACAAGGUGAAACGACAAAAGUAGGAGUACGAGUACUAGGACAAGGAGCAACCGCUUCAACGACUGUGGGAAAUACACAACCUAGCGAACUCGUUCGUCCACUAUCCCGUGGAACUUCGUCUGAGAUAUUCCGUAACAUUUCGAUAACACCGGACAUUUUGGCUAAUCAGAAAGUACUCUUGGAUUCAGAUCGAAUGAGCAUCGCAACUACAAACAAAAGCAGUGUACAAAUGAAGAAGAAAGAUAAAAGAAAAGAACGGCACGAUGCUUGGUUGCAAAAGGUAGGUGCAAUAACCCAAGCAAAAGAAAAACAAAAAACAGCGAGAAGACGAGCAAAUUUACCAAUAGUAGGAGAUUUGAAACCUCUCGAAGAUGCUUUGCCCACACUUGACCUGUUGCUGAAAGAAUCAGGUCGUGGAAAAAUGGAAAGAAAUGAAGAACCUAUAAAAGUAAAAUGGACGCGGAGUGUUAAACAAAAGCAGAAGCAAAUGAUGGAAGAUAUGAAGACUUUCCAGCAAGUUUUGAACCAUCCAGAAUAUCAAAAGAAUCCACUAGGUGUAAUUUCUCUACAUCUUAAAAAUAAAAUUCAGGAACAAACUCUUUAAUAAUCAACAAA